GAACCGGCUGAGGCGGGCCUCUGCCUGCUGGGGGCGGCCUCGGGAUCCAUGGGAGGCCCGGGCCCUGGCGAGGGCGGCGGCCGGCGUUGGGGCCGCGGCAGCAGGAAGCCGGAAGCAGCCGCGGCCCCAGCUCGUGAGACAUGGCCGGCGUUAAAGCUCUUGUGGCUUUAUCCUUCAGCGGGGCUAUCGGGUUGACUUUUCUUAUGCUGGGAUGUGCCUUAGAGGAUUAUGGCGUUUACUGGCCCUUGUUUGUGCUGAUUUUCUAUGCCAUAUCCCCCAUUCCUCAUUUCAUCGCCCAAAGGGUCACAUAUGACACUGAUGGGACCAGCAGUGCCUGCCGGGAGCUGGCGUACUUCUUCACUACUGGAAUUGUUGUUUCUGCCUUUGGAUUUCCUAUUAUUCUUGCUCGUGUGGCUGUGAUCAAAUGGGGAGCCUGUGGCCUUGUGCUGGCUGGCAACGCUGUCAUUUUCCUUACAAUUCAAGGUUUUUUCCUUGUAUUUGGAAGAGGAGAUGAUUUUAACUGGGAGCAGUGGUAGCCCUUUAUUCUGAUAAAAUGCAUUGAGUUUCUUAGAAUUUGUAUUAUGUGUACACACAUGGGCACAUGUGGUGUUUUACAAUGGAAUUUAAUAUGCUGAAAUUUUUUUAUACCUUUCUAUCAUGAUCAUUUUAAGGAA